CUCGGCAAGUCGCGCUCGAAAACGCAGCGUAUCCCCAACCUCGAAGAACACGAAUAAGUACCUUAACCACCUCCCUCCUCCUUCCUCUCCUCUCUCGCGCCAUCUUUCGUCUCUCUGCGGAUCACCGUCAUCUGAUGUCGAAGCUCGGAAACAAUCCCUUUCCUUCUCCUCCAACCUCUCCCAUGUCUCCCUCGCUCCCCCAAGCAAAGCAUCCCCCGCGGCUUCUAUAUCACCCCAAUGCCUCCUCCGACCGUCCGUGUAAUCGCUCUCGCUCAAUACGCUCUGCGAUCUCGGUCUUUCCGUCUCGACUCGAUUCCUUGCUUUCCUCGUUUGACGCUACGAUAUGGCCUCCGACGAAGCAGCUCCAGCUCCGGUACCGGUUCCCACACCGGUUCCAGCUCCAGCAGCCGUCGAUUCGGUGGCCCCGUGGAAGUACUCGAACCGAGUGUUGUUGCGGACUGUGUUAGAGAGAAGCGAUGGUGGAUUGGGGCUGGCUGGGGAGAGGCUAGUGGUUGGAGGCUGGGUGAAGUCCUCCAAGGAGGAGAAGAAGGAAGCGCCGGCUCCGGCUCUGGCUCCGGCGGCCAAGACUGAGGCUGGCGUGGCAGAGCAUAAGGACGUGAGCUGCGUGGAAUUGUUUCACACUCCGAUACCUCUCUUUAGGUCGAUCAUGAAGGUGUUCAGUGGAAGCAGCCGUCCUACUCAACACAGGAUCGAAGCUGGCGUCGCUAAGCAACAGCCGCCGCCACCACCGUCGCCACCGCCUUCCAUUGCCUUUCUGCAAAUUAGCGAUGGCUCUUGCGUCGCGAGCUUGCUGGUAGAGGUAGACUCCUCAACAGCACCACCCAGUCGGCUUCCUCCCCCUAUUGGGACAUGUGUGUUGGUCGAAGGCACAUUGAAGCGGCCUGAAACACAAGGCAAGCACACCAUUGGGCUUAAAGCAGAAAAAAUUCUUCACAUUGGGACUGUAGAUCAUGACAGUUACAUAUUAUCAAAGAAGCGACUGCCUUUGGAAGCUUUGAGAAACAGCUUGCAGUUUCGACCUCGUACAACCACGGUAAAUUCUGUUAUGCGGAUACGAAGUGCCCUCACUUUUGCUACUCACACAUUCUUUCACGAUAAUGGUUUCCUCAAUGUGCAAGUACCAAUCAUCACAAGUACAGAUAGUGAAGGAUCUAGCCAAAAGUUCCAUGUAAAUGUCCUUCCCAGGAAAACAGUACCGAAGAGGGAUCAAACUGUCAAGAAGGAGAGUGCUGAUGUGAGUCUUGAUGCCAUAAAGGCUGCUGCAAGGGAGAAAAGUAAGCUAGUUGAUGAACUCAAGAGAACUGAAAGCAAUAAGGAAGCACUUGUUGCUGCCCUUCAGGAUUUAAAGAAAACAGAUGAGCUAGCAUCACAACUAGAAGCCACUGAAAAAUUGAAGUCAGGAGCUCCUAUGAAGGCCAAAGAAAGGAAAUUCUUUGAAGAUUUCUUUCCAAAUGAGACUUACCUAACGGUUUCUGGUCGGUUACAUCUGGAAAGUUAUGCCUGUGCCUUGGGACAGGUUUACUCUUUUGGACCCAGAUUUCGAGCAGAUACAACAGAAUCACCUAAACUGGUUGCAGAGAUGUGGAUGGUUGAGGUUGAAAUUGCAUUCUCCAAGUUAGAGGAUGUCAUGGACUGCGCCGAUGAUUUUUUGAAAUUCUCCUGCAAGUGGAUCCUGGAUAAUUGUGCUGAAGACAUGAAAUUUGUUGCUAAACGAAUCGACAAAGCAAGCAUAGAUCUCCUUCAAUCGGUACUGUCAAAACCAUCUGUGAAGAUCACCUACAGGGAAGCAGUGGAGGCUUUGACAAAGGCCAUGGAUAAUAAGGAAAUGAAAAUUGAAGGUGGUGUUGCUCUAACAGCAGAACAUCUCAGCUAUUUGGCGGAUGAGCUUUAUAAGAGCCCUGUGAUCAUCUACAAUUAUCCAAAAGAAGCGAAGCCCUUUUAUGUACGCCUAAAUGAUGAUGGAGAGACAGUGGCUGCUUUUGAUAUGGUUCUUCCAAAGGUCGGAAAACUUCUGACAGGUAGCCAAAGUGAGGAACGAAUUGAUUCACUGACCAAAAGGAUGAAAGAAAGGGGAGUGCCACAGGAGCAGCAUGGGUGGUACUUGGAUCUUCGGAGGCAUGGAACCGUCAUACAUUCGGGGUUCAGUUUUGGUUUCGACCUAAUGGUCCUGUUUGCCACCGGUCUCACAGAUGUCAGGGAGGUUAUCCCCUUCCCCAGAAGUUUUAGCAAAGCCGAUUGUUGAAAGACACACGAUUUGGAUGGAUCGUUGUACAGGUUUACCUGGAAAAAAAGGGGAAAAGAAAGAAGAAAAGGGAUAGUUGUGCCGUAAACGGCCCUUUGGAGGUCGCAAGACACUCGUAUUGCACCGUAACAAUUUGUUCUUUAUUCUUUGCAACAAAUAACCCGAGGUAAGGGAGACUCGGGAGAUAUCACAGAUGUACAGUAUUUAAAGGGAGAUAACAGGGGAUGUAUGCAUUUGUUUCUUGACGUCUGCAUACUUCUCUGCAUAUAUUAAUACCAUUGUCUACCG